AUGUGUCCUUUAUUCGAACCUGCCUUGCUAUCGAUGCAAAACAGUUGCGGAGUAUGCUUCCUGAACGCCCUGUGUGUUUUUAGUGACGAUGUGCAGGUUGUUUGGGACAGCAGGUAUCGUGAUGAUUUCAAAGCAAUUUGGGAAGAAGAAAAGAAUGUGAAGUUGUUAGCCCAGCAUCGCCUAGCGAUGUUUCGCCAGCAGUGCACCCUGCGCGACCAACGAGUCAGAAAACUGCAAGUUGAAAAACAAUUAAUCAGCGAAGCUCGAAAUCAUGAGGAACAGAGCUUGGAAGAACAGCUAAGGAAGAAGCUCACGCUAACUGGAUACAUCUUCCCCCCACGUGUAGUGGAAAAAGACGAGUACCCAGAACUGAGUGAUGAGGCAGUGCUGCUGGUUGAACGGGCCUGGAAUCGAAAGCUACCACUGGAAGAAAGACUUUCGGGAGAAAUCACGCGAAAAGAUUUGCUAACGCUGGAAGGUCUUAAUUGGAUCAAUGAUGAAGUAAUCAACUGCUAUCUGAAUCUCAUUUGUGACCGCGCUAAAACUGACGAGAAUCUACCGAAGACAUAUGCCUUCAGCACUUUUUUCUACUCAACACUAAGCAGUAAAGGAUACGCAUCUGUUAAGCGAUGGACUCGAAAAAUUGAUAUAUUUGCGUAUGAGCUGUUAUUAGUUCCAGUUCAUCUGGGCGCACAUUGGUGCUUAGCGGUGAGUUUUUCCUUCUUUAAGGAUUUAUUGUUUUUUCGUGAUACAAAAUAGAU